AGGCGAAAUUUACAUUAUCUUAAAUCAGUACACAACUUAACUAAUAACAGCACAUUAAUCCUUGUGACAACAAAAGUUUGUAUAUAAACCAAACGAUGACAUUCGAAUUUCCAGUCCACGCGAUACACUAAGUAAAGAAAGUAGGGAAGUCGUAAGUGCCAGUAUAUCCUAAUAUCAAGUAAUAUGCAGAGCUUCAGCAAUCUCACAGCGAUACUUAAUUUAAUUGGUAUUACGACAGUGGGACAAGAAUUCAUGCAAAUACUGACAGAUAUUGUGAUUACCUCUUCGAAGGAGCGGCGUGUGAAUACAAUUAUAUACACUAGCCAUGAAGAGGACAAUAUUACUGCUCUAGAUUCUAUGAAGAUACUACGCACAUUGACUCAAAACACGCAAGGUACGGUGGCAUUUCUUAAUAUUGGCACGACAUCACCCGUCGAACGUUAUAUUAACAAAUUCAAUGCGGAACUGCUGUGCAUCGCAAAACUCCAGCACAAUCACAAGUUGGACGAAAGUCUCUUGCGGAAGCUUUGGCAACGGCUUUGGCGCAUUAGACAAACUCGACUUAUUCUACUACUUGACGACUUAGCAAGCACGCGUUAUGUGAGUAAAAUACUAAGGCUGUGUUUGGCAAAUCAAGCUUUGAAUGUCAUUGCGUUGCAACCGCACAAAGUUGUGGUAGAAGGUAGCUACUGGACGGUACGCAUAUAUCCCACGCAAAAGGCAGUUAAAAGCAGCUUUACACCACCACAUUACCGAGCAAUGUUUCCAAAACAUUUGUCGAAUAUGUAUGGGCAUCCAUUGCGCAUUUUUACGAAAGCUUGGUAUCCGCAAAUUUAUACGUACACGCCUAAAAAAGGUAACGCCACGCUUGGCGGUUUCUUAGGGCGAGCUUUGGCCGAAUAUGCAAAUUUUCACAAUGCAACAAUUGAGCAUCCCAUGACCAUGGAUCGUACAUAUUUAACUUAUAUGGAAUUGUGUAAUUUCUUCAAGAACAAAACAAUUGACAUGGGCUCACUACAACCGAUCGAGUUCAGUGAACGUAAUAUCAGCUAUUCGGUUGUGUUUCAAAGUAUCGAUUGGUGUCUGAUGGUGCCAUUGGAGCAACCACUACCGAAAUCGUCAUUCUACUACAGUAUCAUUCAAAGUAACGUUAUAAUUCUAUUCAGCUGCAGCUAUAUGCUGAUCUGCUGUUUUUGGAACUGCAUAGCGCGUUGGCAAGCUCAGCAAUCGCUGAAAGUGGUCGAGCACUUCAUUAAUAUUCCACUGUUGCCCGGUUUAUUGGGUAUGGCAUUUCAUAUUGACAAACGCAUUUCAAACAUACAUAAGCUGCUGUGUUUUACCAUCUCGCUGGCGGGUGUAAUAGUCGGUACAGCAUACGGCACUUACCUGCAGAGCUUUAUUGUGAAUGCACCGAUCGGUACUAAGGUCCAAACAAUUACCGAAUUAUUGCGCCGAGGCAUUCAAGUGGCUGUUGGCAGUGAAGAGCUUGAGUUAAUUAGUAAUAAUAUGGAAUAUCGCAAAUAUCUAAAAAACUUUACCGUUUUUGAUAACUUCACUGAGCUCUUAUUACUACGUGACACUCUGGAUACCGGAUAUGCUUUUCCGGUGUCCGAUAUGUGGGCCAUCUACAAUGAGCUACAAAAAUACUUUUCUCGCCCGCUGUUUCGCUUAUCCAACAUUUGUUUUAGCCGAAACCAGCCAAUGGUUAUUCCAUUGCAGGAGAACUCUAUACAUCGUCAACUGUUGAAUGAAUUUCUGGCACGCCUACAUGAAGCCGGUUUAAUAGAUCACUGGCAGCGUCACAGUUUCUUGGAAUUAUUAGAAAUGAACUGGUUAACUUUGGAUGCUAAGGGCAGCCAUUAUGAUUUCAAGCCCAUGAAAAUGGAGGAUUUACAUGAAAUACUCGCAGCCAUGUCUGUUUUAUUCUGUUUGAGCCUCUUUUGUUUUGUGUUUGAGUUUUUGAAGUCACAAUUUUCAAAUUUUAUACUUCGGUACGGCGCAAAAUGCUCAAAAAAUUAAAAACGAGAAAAUAAAUUGUUGUUUAAAGAUUUU